AUGUGUGGUGAAUAAGAAAAACUGUGAGAACACAUGUUCACCAGAUGCCAGAAAUGUCAGAAAAAUGCAUCCAGCGGAAACGGGAUUCGUCGGAUUAAUAAAACGCCUUGAUGGAAGCAUCAGUGGUCCAUGCAGGUGCGUUGCCUGCAGCUUUCCAAGGACAAAGUGGGGAUGCGAUUGUUUUAAAGAAGGGGUCAUCCGGAUCACACGUAUUUUAUUUAUCUGACUUGGAAACUCCGCCCACUCGGGCACUCCGCGUAUCCACAACAUACAGCCUCCCUUAUAGUCACGUGACAAGGACGGGAAAAGACUGAAAGAAGGAAGAGAUUAAAAAAAAAAAAAAAAAAAAAAAAAAAAAAAUAGAGUGAAGAUUAUCUACCGAGAAGAGGGGGCUAUCUGGUUCAGUAGGUUGGAAAAGACAGGAGAAGAUGGAGACGUGUUGAGCUGUGUGAUUCAGAUGUGGUGGGAGAACACAAGGAAAACUACACCUGGAUAUGAGGAAGUAAGUAUAGUUUUCUGUUAAGAUAAAUAAUAGGCCUGCUGUGGAAAAGGAGAAAGGAUGAAGCUGAACGAACGCAGCGUAGCACACUAUGCAACCUGCGACUCUCCACCAGACAAGACUGGUUUCCUGUUCAAAAAGGGUGAGCGUAACACGGCUUAUCACCGCCGCUGGUUUGUGCUGAAAGGCAACAUGCUCUUCUACUUCGAGGAACGUGACAGCCGUGAGCCCAUCGGUGUCAUUGUCCUUGAGGGAUGCACCGUGGAGCUGUGUGAGUCAGCCGAGGAGUUUGCCUUUGCCAUCAAGUUUGACUGUGCCAAAGCUCGGGUGUACAAGAUGGCAGCUGAGAAUCAAGCAGCUAUGGAGUCAUGGGUGAAAGCGCUGUCAAGGGCCAGCUUUGACUACAUGAGGUUGGUGGUGAAGGAGCUGGAGAGGCAGCUGGAGGAGAUCCAGGAAGCAGCAGGAGUUGGUUGUGUUGGAGCUGGAGGCCUGCAGUGUAAGCCUAAGGCCUCCAGGCGUAACCAGGUUGCUAGGUCCAGGUCUGGGGCUUCCUCUUCUUCUUCGUCAUCUUCAUCGUCCUUAUCAUCAGCAUCAAGUGCCCCUCCCAUGUCAGGCUCUGGCCAAAAGAGCCUCCUGGAUGAGGGGCAUCACACCUCCAAGGAGAACGGAGUGGCAUGGAGUAAAGCACCAGGUACCUUGGCAAAUGGCUUUGUGGAGGGAGCUUCUUCCUGUGUAGCGUGGGAGAGCAGCACCGACUCUGGGAUUAGCACUGGAUGUGGAGCAGAUGGGGUAAGGGCUCCUCCAGUACCCCCGAGGAGAAGAGGAGCAUCACUGGAGAGCCCUGUCUCCCCAGGCACUGGGUGCUUUUCCAAGCUUCACGACUGGUAUGGCAGAGAGGUGGAGGAGCUGAGAGCACAGUGGUUGCAAAGCCAGUAAAUGUAUGAAGAUGAAAAACUUCCUUUUCCACACACUGUUAUAUCAUUCCUUGUUGAACAUUCUGCAGUUUUGCACCCUUCUGAUCAUAACAAAAAUGUGUGAAACCACAGUGGUAGUGAAAAAUAGCUCAGCUGGUCUUAAAACCAAUCAAAUGGGGGGGGGGGGGGGGGCUACAGUUUAAAUGUAUUGCAGAUGAUUUCUAGCACAGGAGACUCAAUCAGUCUUAAAUGGUAACACUAUCCAAUGUGCAAUCCAGGAAAUAUUAUCUAUAUAUACUGUAAUGAAAUAUUAAAAUGCUAAACAUUUGUUAGAAAAAAUGAAACAGAUUUUCUCUGAUGGUUGUACUCAUCUGCAGUAUCUGUAGGUCUGAAAUUUUUAAAAUCUGGCUCUGUGUUUUUUAGGAAUUUUUUUUCUCCAUUGAAAAUGUUGCACAAGAGAGUUAACAAUGGUGCCAUUAUAUGCAAAUUAAAACAUGAUGGUCAUCCUAAUAAUGACCUAGAGAAGUUGCACAAAAUGAAUCAACAAGUUGCUAUGGUGAUGCAUUAAACACAGCAUUAAGUAGCGAAGGUACUCAAACCUCUUAGGUCUUUGUGAUUGAUUUCCCAGUUGGCGAUGUCCCUUUUUCCCCUGCUCAUAACACUAGUGGAAAGGAUUCAGAACCAGCUUAUGAAACAGCAGAAAUGGAAAAAGUAAAGAUACAGCAGCAGAAGAUCUCAUGGCAAGUGCACAAAGAUGGCUAACUCAAGUUUGAAAGUUUUCUUUGACUUAAAACCAUUUUGCAGCAUAAUUUUACUCUGCAGUCACAGAAGAAUGUGCCUGCCCUGAGGCUAAGAAAUGGUGUCAGGGGAAACAAAGGGCUCCCACUGGGGCACAUUUACUCCAGAGGCCUCAUGGUUGCUAAUGUCAGAGCAUCCUCUCCAUAGUCUCGGGGGACUGUGGUGGGGGCUGGAUGUCUCGCUCACAGCAACACAUCUUGGUAUUUUUAGCCCUUGUUAGCCAGCGGCCAGAUGAUGCUGUGUCAUAAGAGCGCUUGUCACUUCGUUCUCUUUUGACUCUUGUAUUUCAUAGACUUUUUUUUAUAUUUAAUCUCUAGGACAUAACCAUUUUCUCUGUAUUUUUUUUUAAAUUAUGCAAUCAAAUCAUCUUAAUGUUUUCUCAGUGUCAGUUGGUUUGUUACAACACAUGAACAUGAAUGUUGUUACUUAAUGAGUGGAAAUGUUUUAGACUCAUGAAACAUCUAACAUUUUAUUUUUAUAUAGUUACUUUUGUAUAAUUAACAUCAGCAAUAUGAGUCUCAUACUCUAUUUCUGUGGCCAAUUAACAGUUUACGUAUUUAUUUUCUCUGUGCCUUAUUUUCUGUCAGUGCGCUUACAGUGUUAGUCACAGUUCUUAUUUGAUGAGAGGGAUAGGCUUUAUUUUAUGAUCCAACUGUUUUCCUUUCUUUCUUGCCAAAGGGUCAUCUUAGUGCAAUCACAUUGUGACAGUGGCUCAGUUGCUUCAGUCUACACCAAUGCACAGGACAAUAAUUACUGUUUUACACUUGACCCCUUACAGACCUUUGGUCUGCACACUAUGAAUUGUGUUUUGUCAAACACCCUUUAGCUGCAUUAUGCUUCUGACAUUUACUAUGGUCUGCUGAUGUAACUAUAGUCUGGCCAAUUUUAAAACUUCAGGAGAGGGGUGCUAUGAUUAAACAUCUCAAUACUGUUUUUUGGCCAUGAUAUUUUAAGGAAUUUGUGAAUGUCUAAAAUUAACCAUGUGGAUGACAGAUGAAUCAUUUGCUUAUUGCAGUGCCAAAUGAGGAAUUCAACACAAAUUCACAGGAAUAUAUACAUUUUUUUCCAUUUAUGUCCAUGUCUUUUCAAUGUGAAAAUACCCAAGUAUUAUUUUGAAUAACCAGUAAUAUUUAACAUGUAUUACCAUGGUACCUUGACAAGAUGCUUGUUGAAUAGGCAUCUGCUUUAAGUACUCAUUAAACAGUAUUUGUCAUGAA